UAUCCGUUGCAGCAUGCCUGUCAGCAGUUGACAUCAAACAUGUCAAGUUCACUUGUUAAGUAAUAUUUGCACGAUACUUUGCUCACUGUACAGACUGAAAGUUAGUAAGAAGCACGUGCAGGUAGCUGUUUUACCUAUUCUGAAAACGACGACAAUACGGAGGAAUGUAUUUGCAGAGAUGAUCAACUGAUCAACCAUCUAUUUUUUUCUCCUUCCAGUUUUAUGUACCGUCUCCAGCAUGCAAGCUUAGGGAAAAUCCUGUAAGCUUUCCUUAGUUGAUUUCCUGUAAUGCGACUCAUCACUUCAAUUGUUAAUUGACUUAAUUCUACAAGCUGGGAGCAAGCCUGUGAUUCGAGUGAGUUGAAAAACACACAUUUCACUCAGCAUGAUCAGGGAAUGAAAGAUCAUUGGCUUAAAAGAUAAUAGGAAAAAAGAAAAGAUGGCACCUACUAUAUAGCAUGUUGUCGUAUUCAGUCCAUUGCGUCUUACGACGAAACUGUCCAAGAAUUUUUCGCUGUAUUAAUCAAAAACCAAAGUAUGCAAUAGAAAGGAACUUCUCCCAUCUUGGAUCCCACUAUGAUAUCCUAAGAGUUAGAAGAGAUGCCUCUCUGAAAGACAUAAAGACAGCAUAUAUUUCAUUGUGCAAAAAGCUCCAUCCGGACUCUAAUCCAGAUGAUUCGGAAGCACAGGUGAACUUUGUGAGGUUGAAUGAAGCCUACACUGUCCUCAGUGACCCGCAGAAGAGGUCGGAAUAUGAUGUCACCAUUGGAGUUCAACAUGAGGACAAGCGCAAUGAAAGCCGGGGUGCUCCAGAUUUAAGUCACCAUGAUUUAAUAUGGGAAAUGAACUACAUGUACGACAAACAAAAAAAUAUGUCGGACGAGGAAAUCAUGGAACAGCGUUUGAAAGAACAGGAGGAGCGAUACAGGAAAUGGUACGAGGAGUACAAAGUCAGACAAAAGGCAGAGAAAGCCGAGUGGCGGGCUCCACCCCCAACCGAGGAGGAGACGGCAUUCAGAGAAACAGCAUCAGAGUACAAGGAGGCGUUCCACAGAGAGGGUACUAAACAUAUCGAGGAGGAGGAGUUCUCCUGGCCUGUCUUGUUUGGACUGCUGCUACACUCCUCGGCUCAGCUUGGCAUCUUUCUUGUCUGUAUGUAUGGAAUGUACAGAAUGGGACAGGAGACUGGAGUUAUAGAGAAGAAGAAAAAGUCUGAUUAGCAUUAGGUGUAAGUUAUAAUUCAUAAAUUCUGUCCAGUGUUUGAUGGAAAGUUGUUGAAAACCAUUUCCAUUGCGGAUAUUGAUGAAAAUGUAAAUUGAUUGAUAUUUUGAAUUGUUUUUAUGAUAUGUAUGUAAAAGUGAUAAAUGUGUAUGUACAGUGUAUACAUAUAGUAUGUUAUUUUGAAAAUAUCAGGUAUUCUUAUAACAUGAAAACUAAAAAAAAAUCUAACUGAAGUCUCUCAAAUGACUGUGACCUGAUUUACAUCAACUAUCCACUUUUUACAAUAGAUUGCAAAUAAAACUGCUCAUGUUUUUUCUUA